UUCCGCGUCAGUGCAUCCAGGAUCUUCUCUACUUUAAUGUGUAUACGGUUAUUCGAAUUGCUUGCAUUUUUCACCCUUUUCAUACUUAGAACGAGACGGCGCAUAUUCAGACACUAGAAAAGCAAAAGCGAGGGUAUCGAGCUCGAAAGACCUAUUAUUAUGAUUUUAGUAUAUGGGCAAAAUGGAUUCGGCUCUCUCAAUACCGGCUUUCUAUUCCGGGAAAAGCAUUUUCAUUACGGGCGCUACAGGUUUCUUGGGAAAAUGUUUGAUAGAAAAGCUGUUGAGAUCAUGUCCUGAUAUAGGAGAGAUAUUUUUGUUAAUACGCCCAAAAAAAGGCGACCACAUAAAUGAGAGACUCCGACAAAUGUUGACGAACCCGUUAUUUGAUACGUUGCGGCGUAAACAACCAACUUGUUUCGACAAAUUGAUUCCUAUAGAGGGUGACAUUGGCUUUAAGGGUUUAGGUUUGUCAGCUGCCGAUAGGGAUACUUUAAUUGAGAAGAUAUCCGUAAUAUUCCAUAUAGCAGCCUAUGUGAAAUUCGAAAAUACAUUGAAGAAUGCUAUCUUAAAAAAUGUGCGAUCCACGCGAGAUAUUUGUAUUCUAGGCGAACAAAUAAAGAAUCUGUCGGUUUUGGUGCACAUCAGCACGGCAUAUACAAAACUGGACGAAGUAGUCAUUGAUGAAACUGUGCACCCAGUGGAAGCAGAUUGGAGAAAAACAAUUCAAAUUGCCGAGGCUUUGGACGAUGACAUAUCGGAAGUAUUCAAGUCAAAAUACUUGGGCAAGUUACCAAAUCACUAUGUAUUUUCCAAAAGACUUGCGGAACAGAUAAUAGUCGAUUAUUCUCGAUCGUUGCCGUGCGUAAUAUGCAGACCGUCUUUAGUCGUAUCAUCAUUAAACGAACCCAUAAAAGGAUGGAUAGACAAUUUCAACGGGCCGAUCUCAAUACAUAUUGGCAUAGGAAAAGGAGUGCUGAGAAUUUUAUAUGCAGAUCGAAUGACGCGGAACAAUUAUGUGCCGAUCGAUAUCGUCACCAAGAUGAUGAUCGUUGCGGCAUGGAAACAUGGAACAAAAAUGACGGAAACGCAGGACGAUUUUCCAUUUAUAUAUAACUGCGCUGCUACUUACUCUACGACUCUAACAUUUGAGGAGUCCAGACAGAUGGGUUUAUCUCUUGGGAAAAAAAAUCCUUUCGAUAAUAUAAUGUGGAGACCUAGUGUAACCUUUACAAAGAGCUACUUCUUCUAUUAUUUGCUAACAUUACUGGUCCACAUAAUGCCAGCUUUGGUCAUUGACGGAUUGCUACGACUGUCAGGUAGAAAACCGAGAUUGUUAAAAGUGCAAAGGAAAAUUUUCGUAGCUAAUCAAAUUGUGGCGUAUUUUAUGCUGAACGAGUGGAAUAUACGAAAUGAAAAAAUAAAAAGUUUGUCAGAUGAGAUACUACCUGACGAUCAACGAGAGUUCGGAUAUUUAAGGAACCUAAAUGAUAAGAACUUCAAUAUAUACAAUGAUACGUACUACGAAAAUGCUAUAAUUGGAUCUAAGAUCUAUCUUCUAAACGAAAGUAUGGAUCAACUGGAUGCAGCAAAAUCACAUUUUAACAGAAUGGUGUGGAUAGACAGAAUUGUGAAAACGCUAGCCGGCUUCUACUUGAUAUGGAUAAUUUACGGAAUAUUAUGUAACUAUGUAAACUGUCUUUCAUCGAUGAUAACAAGCUAUGAUAUUUAAUAUUGGUGACUAGCACAUAAUUUUGCAAAAAUUACUUCAUAACUAAAAUAUAUUUCAUAUUUUCCAUUUAUACAUAAUAUCGUGAGUUG